AUGUCCCAACCGCACUCGGGGCCGGUCUCACUAGCUCGAUAUCGCCCCAUUCUCUACCUCUUUACUGGCGUCGCUGCUGCAUAUGCUAUCCUCUAUGUUCACAACAGUAUUGUCUCGCAAACACCCCAACCCUCGCUCCGACGUCGAGGUGCUGUACGCCGCCCAAGACGAACCGAAGCCGAAGAGCUCGAAAUCAUUGAUACCCCAUCCUACCGAGCCAUCACCCACCUUGAACAGCUAGAGCGCCAAAAUGGCGUUUAUGGAACAUUCCGCAUCGAGACGGAAGAUGGCCGGCGCGUGGAAAGUGGUCUUCUGCCAUCGCUGCUCGCAACACGCGACCAGCUCAUGGAGGAAGUGGGCGUCCCGUCUGCUCACGCGGAGCGCAUGCGCGAAAUGAUGGAGGACACUUUUCUUGAAUCUUUCCUUGCGCUCGACUUCCCAUCCGCACAUGUCCUCGCAGAGGAAAGUCCCGAGAGAACAUACUUGACGGAACAGCUCCAACACCGUGGUAUCUCCCGAGCAGGUAUUGAACGGGCACUGGUACGGUUCAAUGGGGAUCAGAACUAUGGGGAGGAGCUACGUCGGCGCCGGCAGAAUGGUGAACGGGUUACCCUUUCCACUUCCACCUUCCCCGACGUGUCUGCACCCCCACAGAAUGCUGACGGCGCGGAAACGGUAGGGGAUGACCAGAGUGUUUUCUCGUGGCGGGAUGGAAACAAUGACGCCUCACCUACGCGCGAAGGCCAAAAUCUGCUGAAUUUGCUCUACCACAUCGCCGAGGAUCAGGCGAGGAGAGAUGGCUACAUUCAUCGUGGGGUUACUUGCAACAGCUGCGGCGCUAUGCCGAUCCAGGGGAUCAGAUACCGCUGUGCGAAUUGCAUUGAUUAUGAUCUCUGUGAGACGUGCGAGGCGAUGCAGGUGCACAUCAAGACCCAUUUGUUCUACAAAGUGCGGAUCCCGGCUCCCUUCCUUGGAAACCCUCGCCAAUCUCAGCCUGUGUGGUAUCCCGGGAAGCCUUCGAUGCUCCCGCGUAGCCUCCCACGUCCUCUCGCCAAGCGUCUCAUGAAGGACACCAAUUUCGAAAACACGGAGCUCGAUGCACUCUGGGAUCAGUUCCGCUGUUUGGCAAAUUAUGAGUGGGCAGAUGACCCGAACAAGCUGUACAUGGCCAUUGACCGCAAAACCUUUGACCGAUGCUUUGUGCCAAACACGUCUAUCCGGCCACCUCCUCCCAGUCUCAUUUAUGACCGAAUGUUCGCAUUUUACGACACCAAUGGCGAUAAUCUUAUUGGAUUUGAAGAAUUCCUCAAGGGUUUGGCCAGUCUCAACAACAAAAGCAACGAUGAGAGACUACGACGUGUGUUCCGUGGUUAUGACAUUGAUGGAGAUGGUUUCGUCGAGCGAAAGGAUUUCCUUCGAGUUUUCAGGGCAUAUUAUGCACUGAGCAGAGAACUUACCAGAGACAUGGUUGCCGGCAUGGAAGAUGAUUUCUUGGAAGGCGGUGCCCGUGAUGUGGUCCUCGGUAGCCAGCCCAUCAGUUCUGCAUUCCCUGGCAGCAUUCCUUCCGGCGAACGUUCACGUAUCGGAGAAGGCAAGCGCAUGAACCAGGAUGGUGACAUGGAAAUCAUCGACCACGAAGGAAUCUUGCGACAGGAUGGUGCAGAUAAUGGUGAUCGGCACUCGGUUGUGGGCGAUGCAGCUGUCAGAGAGCAGUUUGGUAGAGUGCGGCCAAUGUUCCCUUCUACACUUCGCCUGGCACCUACUGAGUCUGCGCAUCGUCCGGGGGAUGCAAAUGAGGAUGAGGAUGAAGGUGAGGACGAUGAGGAGAAUGAUAAUGAUGACGAUCGUGCUAGCGAGAGCGGGUCAGAUCGGUCUAGCUCUUCAGUGGCUAGUGGCACCUGGCCACCAGCUGAGCACGUCCAUGAAGAAGACAUCAUCGAGGCCCUCGGAUCCUAUAUUCCUCCUCAGGAGAUUACAGAUCCAAUUGAUCGGGCUCGUGUUGCCACUGCUGUUUAUCACAGGAUGCGCGAUGAUGAUCAAAGACGGGUGGAUGAGACUCGUCGGCAUGGGAUUGACGAGCGCUGGAGGCGCCGAGCUUUCUACACGGACGAGGAAGAUGGUGCCAUAGCCCCUGAAGGUUAUGAAAGAGACCCGGCUAUUGAUGACUCGAGUGAUGAAGACGAUCUUGAGGAAGUCGAAUCCCACCCUCCUUCUCCCCGUUCCCGGUCAUCAUCCAAGGUACGGUUCCAGGAUGAUCUGACUGACGACUAUGACAUCCGAUCCAAUCCAUCGACAUCGUCGCGAAGCAUUCCUGUUGGUGAACGAUGGGGUGGCUUUGAAAUCCCAGAAGUCGAGAGAGACGUUGGCAAGGAGAUUCUGUAUCAAGUCACGCAGCAAGGAUUCAAUGAGCUUCUUGACAUUCUGUUCAAGCCCCGAGAGGAUCUGAUGAUGGAGGUUCACCGCACCCGCGCUGAACGUAAGGUCUGGGCCCGCGAGAUCGAAUUGGCAGCAAAGGAGGGACCUCAGAAACGAUCCCCCAAGGAGGUACCUUUUGAGGAGGAACUCGAAGAAACCACCGUUACGCAACCACUCGAGCAUCUACUGCAACGCGCUGGAUACGCAGUACAAAGCCCAGUCCUUGAGUCUGUCAACGCGGCGCCAGUGCUAGCUCCUCCGUCGUUUGAGGCCACUGCCUCGGAUAAUGAUGACGAUGACGAUGAUACACGACCAACCCAUCUCAACGAUCCCGAUGACGAAACCGACCAUUGGCGGGAGCAAUCUUUUGAAUCCGAUUCUACAUCCACCGCCUCAUCUGAAUCUGACGAUGGAACCAUCUCACAAACAUCCCAUGCUGAACCAUCCAGUCCAACUGUUGAAGACAUAACGCCAGCAUACGACCCAACUCUCCCACAGCAUCGCCCAGACGCGGAUACACCCCGUCCUAGCCUUUCCUUCCGUGCUAAUGUCUCCCGGCCAGAGUCCAACAACAUUUCAGGCUCAGCCUCCGAAUCAUCCCCAAGCACAAGCACAAACCCUGACCUCCCUGCUCAACUCCGCCUCGAACCCCACGGCACAACCUCUCUCCCUGCCCCAGUAUCUCCCCACUCCUCCCCAGAAGCCGAGGCCACAGCCCCGAAGCUUCCCCCCUCCCCCAUGCAACCACUUCCACCCCCACAUCGGGUCAAUGAUCAGACUCCUGAAUCCGCUGCCCCACGUCGACCCUCCCCCAAGACUUUGGCCCGGUGGGCCUACCUUGACCAGAUUGAGCGUGAGGCCAAGGAGCGUGGUGGCAGCGGUGCAAGACUCAGCUUUGAGGAGUUCUCACGCCGUAUGGCUGCUGAUCGGGGACGUCGUCUGGCCUUUGUGGCCAGCUGGAUUGAGAUGGCUAGCUUCUAG